AUGAAACAAAUGUUUAAUGUUUCAAAUGCACACAGAGUAAAGAGUUCUAUCUCAAAUUUACCGGUUCGUUUACUCUUGGGACCAGGACCAUCCAAUUUACAUCCACGUGUCAAUCAGCAGUUGAGUACUCACAUGAUUGGUUACACCGAUCAGAACUACUACAAGGUGAUGGAUGAAACCAUGGAGAUGAUGCGUUACCUCUUCCAAACCAACAAUCACUUUACUAUUCCCAUUACCGGUGCUGGUACCGCUGCUAUGGAGGCGUGUGUCGCCAACUUGAUCGAACCCGGCGACAACGUAGUCUGUUGUGUCAGCGGUUACUUCUCUGACCGUAUCUACCAGAUGGCCCAGCGUUACGGUGCCAACAUUCUCAAAGUCGACAGAAAGUGGGGAACCUGGUUCAGCUUGGACGAUGUGCGUGAUGCACUCGUCAAGCACAAACCAUCGUUGUUGACCAUGGUGUUUGGUGAGACUAGCACCGGUGUGAAGCAAGCAAUGGCCGGAAUCGGACAGCUCUGCAAGGAGCACAAUUGUUUGUUGAUGGUCGACACUGUUGCUGCGCUUGGUGGUGUGCCAUUCUUUGUCGACGAUUGGAAAGUCGACGCAUGCUAUACCGGUGGUCAAAAGUGCUUGUCCGGUCCACCAGGUAUCAGUCCAAUCACCUUCUCACCACUGGCAUGUGCAAAGAUCGCCAAUAGAAAGACACCUGUUGCCAAUUGGUAUUUGGAUGCAAUGUUGCUCGGUGGAUACUGGUGUCCAGAGUACAAUUUCGCCAACGGUACGGUCACUACUCCACAGCCACUCAGAAGAUAUCAUCAUACUACACCUGCCAACUUGGUUUACGCACUACGUGAAUCAAUCUUGAUGAUCUGCGAGGAAGGAAUUGAAAACACUUGGAACAGACAUCAAGAUGCUGCCAAAUCACUCUACAAAGGUUUGGAGUCGAUCGGUCUGAAACCAUAUCUAGCCGAUACCAACGAGGUAUUUGAUCAAGGUGGUAGACUAUUCAGUUUGACAACUGUUGCAGUUCCAGAUGGACUCGACGCUAAACUUGUCAUGAAAUAUCUACUCGAUAAAUAUAACAUUGAGAUUGCUGGUGGACUUGGUGAAUUGGCUGGUAAAGUUUGGAGAGUUGGAUUGAUGGGAUUCAAUGCUAAUCAAACCAAUGUAAAACUAUUAAUUUCUGCUUUGGAAGAAGCAGUUAAAGCUUCUAAAUAA